AAACAACGUAAACGUACAUAUGUUUUGUUUUCAUUUGGCUUGCAUUUAUUGAUUCUAAAGCUCUUUGGAAUUUAAAGUUAAAGACAUGCGCAAAACAAAUAUUAAUUUCUCAUAAUAUUCAUUUCGCCCGGUCGCCGAUUGUGUUGGUAGCGGUUUCAAAGCAUGGAGGAAGAGGAGCACUGUGUUACUAGUGAAGUUUCCAACAUGGAAACAGACUCUGAGAAUGAGGAAGUGCAACUUCAAGAGUUGAGGCAGUUAACAGCUAUUAUAGAAGCAGACAAGUCUUCACUUGGAUCCUUGCCUACAAGUAAGGAAGCAUCAGAAUUAAACAACAAAAUAGAGAAAAUCGAUAAAGCAAUAAAACUCAACAAAUUAAGCUUUGAUAAGUUUUGUGAACUUGAAACAGUUCUAGUUGGUCGCUUGAAAGAAUGUCGAGAGAGGCAGAAAGAACUCCGCGAAUCUAUAACCACCAAUUCAGGUAAAGAAAAACAAGACAAACAAAACAUAUUCCGAUAUUUAACAUGUGGGAAGCCCUACUUUAAAGAUAAAGACAAUUUUCCUGCACCAGAUAAUGAUGAUACCAUUAUGAUAAAGAAGGCUGGCAUGUUUGAUUUUUCUGAAAUAACAUCAAUACCAGGGUGGACAGUUAAGGAUAAAGAGCAACUUCUUCAGCAACUUACAACAAAGUCUCGAAAUAUUAAAAAGAAUCAAUUGACAUCUGAAAUUGCCCAGUUAAAAAGAGACUCUAAAGUAAAAAACUCUAAAGAAAUAGGUAAACAAGUUGCUGUUCUGAAAAAACGAUUGAGUGCUGUAGACAAAAUGCCUAUGAGCAAAAAAUUGGCUUUGCCGCUUGACGAAGAAUAUGAUUGGGAUGAUAUUGCUACUGCAUUAAAUCAACGACAUUCUGCUCAAGAGUACCGUUCACUUUGGAAAACAUUUCUACAUCCCUCCAUAAAUAAAAAAGGUUGGGAUAGACGUGAACAUAACAAGUUACAGGAACUAGCCCAUUUAAAUGGGUUACAGAACUGGGAUAAAAUUGCUAAAGAGUUGAAUACUGGAAGAACUCCAUAUCAAUGUUUUGUGUAUUACCGAACUAACAUGGGUAAUGCCAUUGGCCGGAAAUGGACAAGAGAAGAAGAGGAAUACCUUAGAAGACUGAUUGAAUACUACAAGGAAGAUGAUCAUAUACCUUGGAGUAAAGUUGCAGCUUGUAUGGAAAAUAGGACCAAAAUUCAAAUUUACAAUAAAUAUGCAAGACUACAGGAACAAAGGAAAGGGAGAUUUCUGCCUGAGGAGGAUGCUGUACUCCUCACUAGUGUUGAGCACUUUGGUCAAAAUUUCAAGAAAAUAGUGAAAUACCUUCCUGGACGGUCUGCAGCGCAGUUGCGAGUACGCUACCAAGUACUCCACAAGAACAACACUACAAAAACUUCAACAGUUUGGAAAGUAAAUGAAGACAGAAAACUAAUUGAAUUGAUGGCAAAUCAAGAUUCUUCCUUUAUAAAUUAUGCAUCUUUGACUGAAUUUUUCCCAGAUAAGACUAGGGCACAGCUAAGAGCCAGAUAUUCAACAUUAAAUAAAUUUAUGAAAAAGUAUCCUGAUAAAGACAUUUCGAAGGCCCCUCGCAGAGGCGCGCGUCAUCUGGAUCGAGGCCAAUCUUCAAAAGACUUAGAUAAAGCCAUUCAAAAACUAAAGAUAAGAAUACAAUCCGAAAUUGACACCAAAAAGUCAAACAGAAUUACCAGAAACUCUCCAGAUGAUGUUUUAGAUGAGGCAAUUAUUGCAACUCUUCGAAAAGAAAAUGAAAAGAAGCAAGAAAUACAGAUAUGGCAAUCUACAGACACUGAACACAUUGCACAGAGAAGUUCUACAACAGUGAUAAAUGAUACAAAUCUUCGCAAACUAUUGACUUUCCUUCAAUCAAAUCUUAAUAAGGAAACAUUUUUAGAUAGUAGUUAUGCUAACGAAUAUCCAAGUCUAUUGGAAACUGAAAGACAAACCUCUGUGAUGAACUUGAAAUCUUAUUCAAGGAAACAAGUAACACAAAAUAUAGAAGUUGGUAAUUUUGCUCCUGGCGUUUUUGGCAAAACAUUGAAAACUUCAGAUUAUGUUCUUCCUCCAACCUAUGCAACAAUAACUGGCCUUAAUAAACUGUUGGCGUAUAUCGGUUCUCAGCGAACCAAACAGAGUAGUACUAUGAGUAUGCAUUACAUGAUGAAGAGGAAUCCCAUAUUUAAAGAACAGGUAGAAAUUUUCAUAGACAGAUUUAAAACUUUGUUUAUGUGGCCGUUUCUUCUUUCUAAGAUAAAUCCCCCAAAUUAUCAUUCUCCCAAAUCACCAUUCAAAGUAUCUCAAGAAGUACAAAAAAAGUAUAAACAACAGAGGGAGAAGCUCCACGUUGUGGAAACACAAGGAGAGAUUGUGAUUCCUCACACAGAAGAAGUUUGUGGGACUGGCCAAAUUGAUUUGGAUGUUUCCAAGCAAAAUGAAGACUUAACAUUGGAAAGUCACGUUGGUAAUGACGAUUUUAUGUAUCUAGAUGAAGCAUAUAUAAAGUAAAAAAGCUCCUAUUCAUGGAUCAUGUGAUCUUUGCUAGCAAAAUUGUAGAUUUAACAUUGGAAGACAACCGCGCCGCGCGCGUCGCGAAUUAUAUUUAGCGCUUCGACAAUAGCCGCUUGACGUCCAUCUACUUAGAUAGCAUUCGUAUCGUUUACUGGUUCAAGAGCUCGAUAUAAUUCGCGCCGCGCGCGGCGCGGUUGUCAUGCAGACCCGGUAGAUUAUUUAUAUGCAAGAAAAUUUUUAAAAUGUGCAAUGUUAGGUAUUACCUGAUUUUGUUAAUAACCUUAAUGAAAAAAUAUUUGGCCGAAUGCAUUUCAUAACAAUCUCGAUACCUAGCAAGCUAAAACCAAGACUUCAGAGACUGAGCUGUGCUGUUUAUAGUUUAGAUAGUAUGGCAUGUGAUAAGCGAUUGUUUACGUUUUGUUUUAGGUACUUUGUAUUUAUAAUGUAGUACCUACCUAUAAUAUAUUAUUUUUCUCUAUGGUAAUAACAAUUUCAAACAAGCGUGUAAUCAAAUGUGAUUAAAAUAAUAUUACUCAA